UACUGUAUGGCUGAAUGACCUUUAAGAAAAAAAGUCUCCCUCUUGCCGAUACAUUUUACUUAUUCUAAACUACGGAGUACUACUACUACUUCCACUACUACUAACCUAUGUAAUAUAUCUUUCUUUAUUUCCAUCUAGAUUACUCCUCCUCCUCCUCCUCCUCCUCCUCCUCUCCUUCUUCUUCCUCUCCAUCCUCUUUCUACCACCUCUCUCCUUCCUCUUCCCCUCCCUCUCACAACUUCCGCCGUGGGCUCUUCUUCUCCCCAAAAGCCCUCUGCUCCAUUGUUGCAGCUCUCCAUACCCCUCGAGUCUGCAACUAUGGCUUCCAUCUCAAAUGCUGGAGAGGCCGUUGCCCGCAUCGCAUAUCUCUCCAGCGAUGUAGUGGUAUCCGUCCAACCCACUCUUGCCUCCGACUCCGAAUUCUCGGCCGCUCUCCGCUCCCUCAGCCAGGGCAAGGCCUCAGGAGUUGUUUCCAAGCAGCAACCAGAGAUCCUCACCGUUCGCGAGAAUGCGGAUCCGCUUCUCUCCGUCUUCCAGCCCAUUCGCGCAGGAAAGCUCACCUCCGUCACAUCUACUUCCUCGAUUCUCGUUAAAUCGAUACCCCAUCUUUACAAGCUCGCCCAAUACCCCGUGGUCCUCCAUGUUGCCGUUCACCCCAAUGGAUUCCCAGAUUUCUCCGACAUCACCUCCAUCAGGCAGUCUGGAUUCACAUUCCUCCAGUCCGAGACUCUGCAGCAGACGCAGGAUAUCGCAUUGACUGCCCAUGCAUUGGCAAUCAAGUCUGGCAAGGGUGUCAUCCAUUUCUUCGACUCUGGCUCUGUUGCCAUGAGCAAGCAGAUUCCCGUUGAGGACCAAGACCUCGUCAGGCGCGUCAUUGACUUGGAUGCCGCCGCUGCAUACCAGCGCUCGACCGCGAGCGAGACUGGUCUCUACGCAGACGAUGGCAGAACCGCCACCCUUUCGGUGGCACGCAGCCAAGCUAGCGCUUCCAACGAAGCAACUACAGGUCCCACAAAUCCAAUUUCCGAGAAUGGAAAGUCUCUCCCUAUAUCUAGCCGGACUAGCGCAAGAGCUUCCUCUACCUCUGGUUCGUCACAGCGAGAGUCUAGCACCAGCGGCGCAUCCGUCUCCUCUGCCACUACCGUAGAGUCUCUCCUCUCCAAGACUGUCUCGUCGGAGGAUAUCUACCGCUUCGCUGCUCAGAUCUGGGCUGACAUCAAGGAAGCCACCGGGCGUUCCUAUGAUGCUUUCGAGUACACGGGUGGUGACAACACUGAGACUGCCCUCUUCUUGUUCGGCGCAGACACUGCCCUUUUCGCUGGCGCCAUCGACGAGGCCAGCGACUCAGAGCUAUAUGCAGAUAUCGGUCUCAUCACCGUCAGGUUGUACCGACCUUGGCUGGGCGCAUCGUUGGCUCCUCUGCUCCCCAAAUCCAUCAAGAAGAUCGCAGUCCUCGAACAAGUCCGCCGGAAGACCACAAAAUGGGGUCCUCUCCUUCUGGACAUUCUUAUGUCAUUGAAGUCAGCAGGUGGAAGCUCGCCCACCAUUGUCGGCUACCAAUUGGGUUACAUCAACGAACAGACCGUUCACCAAGCUCUGAGGGGCGUUUUCCAGAACCUCACCAGCGAGUCCCCCGUGCAGAACUUGCAGAUUGGCAGCCUCGACGGCCCGACAACGGACAGUCAGACGGUAAAGCUUGAGCAGCCUGGUUUGGAGAAUGCGUACACAAAGAUUCUGAACCAGGUAUUUGGCGAGAGACUGCAUAUUGCCAACCAGUUGGGUUCCCAGAACGCCGGUGUUGCUAACAAUAUCGCCUCUAGUCCUGAGUACGGCUUUGGCUCCCUGGUCGCUCGCAAGGAGCACCGUGGCCGUUUCAUCGACGAGGUCGCUACUGCUUCCAAGAGCAACGAUUUCAUCACCAAGGCACCCCUCGAGUGGCUGUCCAAGUGGGCAUUGGAUGCAGGCAACGGAGACAAGGCCAAUUCAAUCGCUCCGGAGGUCAUCUCUCGACUCAGCACCGAUGGCUCACCGGCCGCUCAGCGACUUCUCUCCUCCAAGGGCUUGUUCUUCCGCGAGUCACCCUGGUUGGUCGGCUCCGAUGCAUGGGCCUAUGAUCUCGGCAACUCUGGUGUUCACCAUGUUCUUGCCUCUGGUGAGAACGUUAACAUGCUCAUCAUCGACUCUCAGCCCUACUCCGAGCGCGCUGCCGCCGAUGCAGCAAGGAGAAAGAAGGACAUUGGUCUUUACGCCAUGAACUUUGGCAAUGCCUAUGUCGCAUCCGUUGCUGUUUACAGCUCGUACACCCAAGUUUUGGAGGCAAUGAUCGAGGCCGACAAGUUUGACGGUCCCUCAGUCGUGCUUGCCUAUUUGCCUUAUGAAAAGGAGAAUGACUCGCCUUUGACUGUCCUGCAAGAGACCAAGAAGGCCGUUGACCUUGGUUACUGGCCCCUGUACAGAUGGGAUCCUCGAGGCGAAGAGAAGGGUGAGCCCAACUUCCAACUUGACUCCGAGCGCAUCAAGAAGGAGUUGGAGGACUUCCUUAGCCGCGACAACUACAUCUCCCAAGUCAUGAAGAGGCACCCCGAGUUCUCCGCCAAUCUUUCUUCGUCCUACGGCACCGAGGUCAGGCAAUUGCAGAAGAGGAAGGCCAAGGACGCCUACAGCUCUCUGCUCGAUGGCCUUGCUGGCGAUCCCCUGACUGUCCUGUUCGCUUCCGACAAUGGUAACGCUGAGAACCUUGCUAAGCGUCUGGCCAACCGUGGCAAGGCCAGAGGAUUGAAGACCAUGCUCAUGGCAAUGGACGAUUUCCCUAUCGAGGAUCUCCCUAACGAGCAGAAUGUUGUUCUCAUUCCUAGUACCGCCGGUCAGGGAGAAUUCCCCCAGAACGGAAGGCAAUUCUGGGAUGCUGUCAGGGACUCUACCGAUCUCGACCUUGCUACUGUCAAUUUCUCCACUUUCGCUUUGGGUGACAGCCAUUACUGGCCUCGCAAGGAAGACAAGAUCUACUACAACAAGCCUGGUAAAGACAUCCACGCACGCUUCCUUGCCCUCGGAGCCAAGCCCUUGGUUGACAUCGGUCUGGGAGACGACCAAGAUCCCGACGCAUACCAGACCGGUUAUGCUGAGUGGGAGCCCAAGCUCUGGCAAGCUCUUGGUGUCGACAAUGUCGAAGGCCUUCCUGACGAGCCCCCGCCAUUGACCAACGAAGACAUGAAGAUCCAGUCCAACUUCCUCCGUGGUACCAUUGAGCAAGGGCUCAACGACACUAGCACCGGCGCUAUCUCUGCCAGUGACCAGCAGCUCACCAAGUUCCACGGCACCUACAUGCAGGACGAUCGUGAUUUGCGUGACGAGCGCAAGGCACAAGGACUCGAGCCCGCUUACUCCUUCAUGAUUCGAUGCCGCCUCCCAGGUGGUGUCGCUACGCCCAAGCAGUGGCUCCAAAUGGAUGAGAUCAGCUCCACGCUCGGAAACGAGACCAUGAAGCUCACCACUCGACAAACCUUCCAGUUCCAUGGCAUCGUGAAGGGUAAGCUCAAGCCCGCCAUGCAGGCUAUCAACAAGUCACUUAUGACCACAAUCGCCGCCUGCGGAGAUGUCAACCGUAACGUCAUGUGCAGCUCGCUGCCCCAGCAAUCACGAUACCACCGCGAGGUAUACGCAGUUUCGCAGAAGAUCAGUGACCACUUGCUGCCCUCCACCACUGCUUAUCACGAGAUUUGGCUUGAGGACGAUGAGACGAAGCAGAAGAGGAAGGUUGCAGGCGACGCUAUUGUCGACCACGAGCCUCUCUAUGGACCCACCUAUCUUCCUCGAAAGUUCAAGAUAACCAUCGCCAUUCCUCCUUACAACGACACCGACGUCUACGCGCACGAUAUCGGUCUCAUUGCCAUCAAGGGUGCUGACGGCUCCCUGGAGGGCUUCAAUCUUCUUGCUGGUGGUGGUAUGGGUGUCACUCACAACAACAAGAAGACUUAUCCCCGAACUGGUAGCAUGUUUGGUUACGUUUCCGCUGCUGAGGCCCACAUCGCUUGCGAGAAGAUCAUGCUUGUCCAGCGCGAUCACGGCGACCGCAAGAACAGGAAGCAUGCUCGUCUAAAGUACACCAUCGAUGACAUGGGUGUCGACGUCUUCCGAGGCAAGGUCGAGGAGCUCUGGGGCCAGAAAUUCGCCGAACCCAGGCCAUUCAAGUUUGAUAGCAAUGUCGACACCUUUGGCUGGCAGAAGGAUGAGAAUGGCCUCAAUCACUUCACUUUCUUCAUUGAGAACGGUCGUAUCGAGGAUACCGCCGAGUUCCCGAUGAAGACAGGUCUCAUCGAGGUUGCCAAGGUCCACAAGGGCGAGUUCAGGUUGACUGGUAACCAGCAUCUGAUCUUGUCAAACGUUGCCGAUGAGGACCUUCCGGCGAUGAAGGAAUUGAUGAAGAAGUGGAAGCUCGAUAACACAAACUUCUCCGCUUUGAGACUUUCCAGCUCCGCCUGCGUUGCCUUCCCCACUUGCGGUCUCGCCAUGGCAGAGUCUGAGCGUUACCUUCCCGUACUCAUCUCCAAGCUUGAGUCUACCAUCGAGGAAGCCGGUCUUCGACAAGAUUCAAUUGUUAUGCGUAUGACUGGUUGCCCCAACGGUUGCGCUCGUCCCUGGUUGGCUGAAGUGGCUUUUGUCGGAAAGGCCUAUGGUGCAUACAACAUGUAUCUCGGUGGCGGAUACCACGGCAACCGUUUGAACAAGUUGUACAGGAGCUCUAUCAAGGAGGAGGAGAUCUUGGACAUCCUCAAGCCCAUGAUCAAGCAGUAUGCUGUCGAGAGGAACGAGGGUGAGAGGUUUGGUGACUUCGUCAUCCGCAAGGGUUACAUCACCGAGACCACUCACGGCACCAACUUCCACGAUAACACUGCCGAAGACGAAUCAGACGGAGAGUAGAAUUUUGUUCGAUAUAGGGGGUAUUACGAGUAGUAGAUGGCUGUAAAUAUGUUGUAACUGGAGGCUCUCUUGUGCCUUUUGUGUCGGUACACGGAAUUUUUGUUUUUCGUUUCUGCAUGUGAGACGUUACGACUCUCAUUGGCGUUCAAAAGAGAUAAAUGAAGUAAAAUUGAAUGUUGAAAAUGUC